AUGACUGAUUUGAACAUCACGGACGCCGAUAUAGGCGACAAGCUCCGAGGGAAGACUGCCGUUGUCACGGGGGGUUCUUCAGGGAUUGGGCUCAGCAUUGUGCAGAAGCUCGCGGCGUCGGGCGUGAAGGUCCUGGUCGGGGAUGUCCAGCCCCUGAGGGAGGCCGUGGACGGCGUGCUGUACAUGAAGACGGACACAAGCAGCUGGGAGGAGCUGCUCAGUCUCUUCAAACGCGCGGUCAAGGAAUGGGGCCGAAUCGACAUCGUCAUCCCCAACGCCGGGAUCGGCGACAAGGGCGAUUUCUUCGACAAGGUCGACGAGCACGGCGACCCGGUCAAACCCAGAUUCGACUGCCUGAACGUCACGCUGAUCGGGCAGAUGUACACGGUGAAGUUGGCCAUGCACUACAUGCGGCGGCAGGAGCCGCAGGGGGGCGUCAUCGUCUCGACCGUGUCGAGGGCCGGGUACGUGGCCGAGAGCAUCCCGGUCUACGGCGCCGCGAAGCACGGCAUGGUCGGACUGAUGCGGGCACUGCGGCCCCUGACCAAGACCUGGAACAUCCGCAUCAACAGCAUCGCGCCGGGCAUCACGGACACGCCCGCCCUGCGCACGCUCCCGGACCUCGUGCCCAAGCUCUGGAACAGCGGCGUGAUCCCCAUGAACACCAGCGACGACUGUGCCCUGGCCGCGGUCUUCCUCUGUGCCAACGCGGACUACAACGGCAGCACGAUUUUCAUCAACGGCGGGAAAUACCGCGAGGUCGAAAGCGGCUAUCAGCGCCAUUUGAAGGACAUCAUGGGCAAUGAUCCGCGCCUGAGCAUGACGCCGGAAGAGAAGAAGAUUCUAGAGGAUAUCUUUACACCGAGUAGUAAAUAUUAA